GUGGGCGCCUUAAGAACUCUCCACCAGCACCGUCAAGAUCAGGAUCAAGAUUAGCACGUGGAGGCUGCCUGAGUAAACACAACGACUUAUAGCUUGUUCUUCCUACAUUUCUCCUUCCUGCGCCUCUUUACGCCACAAUGGGGGUCAUCCAGCGGGUGGUCAAGCCACGCAACAGUCGGUCCAAACGGGCGCUUGAGAAACGUGAGCCGAAGAACAUUGAGAACACUAAGCAAUGUUUGUUCUUUGUGGGCAAGAAGGCAAGCGAGGAGAUGAGGCGGUGUUUGAGAGACCUGUACAGCCUCCGCAAGCACCACUCCCUCCACUUGUCCAGGAAGCACCCCGACAUGGCCCCGUGCGUAGACAUCCUGCCAGUGGAAAGGCUGGGACAAAAGCACGAUGCCUCCCUCUUUUGUUAUGUGGCGCGGACUAAGAAGCAUCAGAACAACAUGGUCAUCGGCAGGAUGUUCAACCAUCACCUUUUAGACCUGAUUGAAGUGGACGUCUCUGAUUUUCGAUCCCUGGCGAAGUUCAAUAACCCCAAGGGCGCCGAGGGAACCAAGCCCUGCCUGACCUUCGCUGGCCCUGGCUGGGAGGACGACGCAGCCCUGAGGACCCUUAAGAGCCUGCUGUUGGACCUAUUCAGGGGUGUAGAGGCAACAGCGGUCAGGCUUCAAGGUUUCGAAUUGGCUCUGCAGUUUGUGGCUGUAGAUAGCAAGACUGUGCUGAUGAGAGGGUAUAGCAUUCACCUCAAGAAAUCUGGCCUGCGUACUCCUCGGAUAGAACUUGACCUGAUUGGCCCCUGCAUGACCUUACACCUGCAGAGGUCACGCCUGGCCUCCGAUGACCUCAUGAAGCGCGCGUGCAGACAGCCUAAGCAGGUUAAGGCAAACCGGGUCAAGAACAUCAGCAAGGACGUGUUUGGGUCACGUCUGGGUCGCAUCCACAUGACCUCACAGGACCUGGGUGGACUGCAGACUCGCAAGUUGAAGGGACUCAAGAAGGUGGAGGGUGGCGAUGGAGCAGAUGGUGGUGGUGGUGGUGGUGGUGGUGAGGAGGAACAAAUGGAGUUGGAGUGAGAUAAUUCAUAGUAGUAGUAGUAGUAGUAGUAGUUUUGUUAAUAUUUGGGUAUGUGAGGUAGUAGUGUUAGUUGUAGAACUACUACUACUAUUACUACUACUACAACAUUAAUAUUUAUAGUAUCACCAACACACACCACACUUCUACUACAACAACUACCACCAGCAGUACUAUUACUACUACUACUACUUCUACCACUACUACUACUACUACUACUACUACUACUACUACUACUACUACUACUACUACUACUACUUCUACUUCAGCAGGAACCGUCAGACGUGACAGGACAAAAGAAGAAGAAGAAAGACCACAACAUCAAGAAGAAUAUAGUAAUAAUAAUAAUAAAGAAUUGUUUUGUUA